AUGACAGAAGAAACAGUGAAUCCCAAAGCUUAUCCUUUAGCUGAUGCCCAGCUUGCAAUAACCAUACUAGAUCUUGUUCAACAAGCUGCCAACUACAAGCAGCUAAAAAAGGGUGCUAAUGAAGCCACUAAGACCCUGAACAGAGGUAUCUCUGAGUUUGUUGUCAUGGCCGCUGAUGCUGAGCCCCUUGAGAUUCUUCUCCAUCUUCCUCUACUUGCUGAGGAUAAGAAUGUGCCCUACGUGUUUGUCCCAUCAAAACAAGCACUUGGGCGUGCCUGUGGGGUCACCAGGCCUGUGAUUGCUUGUUCUGUGACAACCAAUGAAGGAAGUGAAUUGAAAUCUCAAAUCCAGCAACUAAAGGAUGCUAUUGAGAAGCUUUUAAUCUGA